CAGGAAGUGCAGGCAUAAUACUUCCUGCAUUGAGCUGUCAUCCCUGUGACCUCUUGCAUGUGGAAUACAUGGGAAACUCUCACUAGCUGCCAAAAUGAAUAAAUAUAUACUUCGUGCCUCUAUGAUAGGGACGUUGGUUGGGGGAGCAGUCUUGCUGAAAGAUUAUACAGGAGGUGGAAUAUGCCCAAGUAAAGAAACCAUUGAGGGUAAGACGGUGAUAGUAACUGGAGCUAAUACUGGAAUUGGUAAAGAAACCGCCUUGGAGCUUGCAAAAAGAGGGGGCAAGGUAAUAAUGGCAUGCCGGGAUAUGGGAAAGUGUGAAGAUGCUGCAAGAGAAAUCCGUGGCAAAACUCUGAGUCACAAUGUAUUUGCCAAACAUCUGGAUCUAGCAUCAUCAAAGUCCAUCAAAGAAUUUGCAAAACAAAUACUGGAAGAGGAAGAACAUGUAGACAUCCUGAUAAACAAUGCAGCAGUAAUGAGGUGUCCUCAUUGGAAGACAGAAGAUAACUUUGAAAUGCAAUUUGGAGUCAACCAUUUAGGGCAUUUUCUCCUGACCAAUCUACUUCUUGAAAAACUGAAGACCUCUGGGAAUUCUCGCAUAAUUAAUGUCUCGUCCUUAGCUCACAUAGCCGGAGAGAUUGACUUUGAUGAUAUAAACUGUGAGAAAAAGAAGUAUAAUACCAAAGCAGCAUACUGCCAGAGCAAGCUUGCUAAUGUGCUGUUCACCAACGAACUGGCUAAGAGACUGCAGGGUACUGGAGUCACAGCCAACUCUCUGCAUCCUGGUGUUGCCGAUACAGAAUUGGGUAGACACACAGGAAUGCAUCAGUCUGCAUUCUCUAGUGCAGUGCUAGCUCCUAUUUUUUGGUUUGUGAUAAAAUCACCCAAGCAAGCAGCCCAGCCUAAUGUGUAUCUAGCAGUGGCCGAGGAACUCAAAGGAGUGUCUGGAAAAUAUUUUAAUGGCCUAAAAGAAAAGGAACCAGCUCCACAGGCUGUAGAUGAGGAAACUGCAAAGAAACUCUGGGAAGAAAGUGCUAAGCUAGUUCAUCUUGAAGAUGCAUUAAGAGAAUGCAAAGCACAAUAGGACUUAAACAUUGCAUAAAGCACCUUCAGUGAAGGCUCUAAAAUAGGUCUUUUAUUAUUUUUUUAUUUUAAUAUUUAAAAUAAACCUUUGUCAUGGA